UCCAGAUGGUCUGUUGUCCCGUCCAGCAGAAUCGGGCCGAAAACCAGCUGCAUAGAGCUGCACUCGGCGAAGCGACGGACCGGUUCUCAAUGGAACGAAACGGACAAAAGCGGAGAGAAGCCUGAGGACCGUACGUGAGGAAGAUGUUUCGCCGCAGUUGAUAGUUAUGUUGAUGAUAAACAUGAUGGAUUACGAAUUUAAAAUGAAAACCCAGAAGGACCGGACGAAAGUCGAGGACCUGUUUGAAUUUGAAGGGUGCAAGGUCGGAAGAGGUACUUACGGACACGUUUACAAAGCUCGCAGAAAAGAAGGGGUUCCGGACAGCGAACUUAAAUCCAGGCCCGACACGAAGGAUUUCGGACUGAAACAAAUAGAAGGCACAGGGCUGUCGAUGUCUGCCUGCCGAGAGAUCGCACUACUCAGGGAACUUAAGCACGUCAAUGUCAUUACUCUCAUACGUGUUUUUCUCUCUCACAAUGACCGCAAAGUGUGGCUGCUCUUCGACUUCGCCGAACAUGACUUAUGGCAUAUCAUAAAGUUUCACAGAGCAGCGAAAGCUAACAAAAAGCCCGUUAUGGUGCCUAAAGGAAUGGUGAAAUCUCUCCUGUACCAAAUUCUGGAUGGGAUCCAUUAUUUGCAUUCCAAUUGGGUUCUCCACAGAGACUUGAAACCUGCGAAUAUAUUAGUCAUGGGUGAAGGAAACGAAAGGGGGCGAGUAAAAAUAGCUGACAUGGGGUUCGCCAGACUGUUCAACGCGCCUCUUAAACCUCUGGCGGAUCUGGAUCCAGUGGUGGUAACAUUUUGGUACAGAGCACCCGAGUUGCUCCUUGGUGCGAGGCACUACACCAAAGCUAUAGACAUAUGGGCCAUUGGGUGUAUAUUUGCCGAGCUUUUAACAUCCGAGCCGAUAUUCCACUGCAGACAGGAAGACAUUAAGACUAGCAAUCCCUACCACCACGAUCAACUUGACCGGAUAUUCAACGUAAUGGGAUUUCCCCUGGAGAAGGACUGGGAGGAUAUAAAAAAGAUGCCAGAACAUCCCACCCUCCUGAAAGACUUUAAACGAUCCAACUACGCCAACUGUUCGCUCACCAAGUACAUGGAUCGACACAAGAUCAAGCCUGAUAGUAAAGCGUUCAAUCUGUUGCAGAAACUCCUCAUGAUGGACCCGAACAAGAGGAUCACUUCGGAGCACUCGAUGCAGGAUGCAUAUUUCCAGGAGGAACCGUUACCGACGCAAGACAUCUUCGCAGGAUGUCCGAUACCUUAUCCGAAGAGGGAGUUUUUAACCGACGACGACACGGAGGAAAAGACUGAAAACAAAGCUAGGCAGAAUCAACAGCAGACGCAACAAAACCAGCAACAGCAGGGCAACAACGAGCACAACCACGGACAGAACCCGAAGAGGGUUCGGCUGAACGGACCACACGGGGCUCCGGAGUUCCACCAGCACCAGAACCACACCAUGAGCCAUCAGCAACCUCCGGGGAUGGUCUUCUCCACGGGGCAGCCGACGCAGCCGUCCAACUUCCACCAGCGCUUCUAGGGGAGCCCUUAAGAAUAAAAUCCAGGUUGUGGAGAAACUCCGAGUAUGCCUUCUUCUUCUUCUUGUUCAUCUUCUUCAGGGUUGGGCGAGGUUGGAAGGUUGGCCGUGGCCUUAAGGAGAUACGAAAAUCUCAUAUAUAUAUAUAUACUUGCUAAAAAGUGAAAUUAUUUAUAAAACUUUCUUCCAAACUGGGUGCACCGA